AUGGCGCCUAGAAAGCAUUUUAAGGAUGCAAAUGACUUCAAUAUUUCAGAAGAUGAUUUUGAUUUAGCCCUCUCUCUCCUACUCGAUGCAUGUCAAUCGCGAUUGGAUAUAAAAUAUCACCAUGAUCCCCUGUCGGUGCGCUUCUACAAUCAGUACUUCAAUAAGUACCUGGUGCGCUUGUACUACUUCUUCAUGACUGCAAACCUGCUCACCAUACUUCUUGAAGAGCCAGCAGCUGUCCUUUUCGACGGUAAACCGCUGCCAUAUUACAUUCCUCUCAUCAUCAACAUCAUUUGUGAGCUCUACUUCUUCUUCCGUUGGUUGCACAUUUUUGUUGUGGUAGACCUCGAGUUGAUGAAAAAAAAUAUCUCUUUUUGGUUGUCAGCAGUGUUCAUUUUUCUCAUGGUCGUAGACGACAUAACCUAUAUCAUUCAGCACUGUUUGAAACACAAAAAUCCCAUUCGUUGGUCCCGUCUCGUGAGACCGGCUCUCUUGCUUACUUUUCCUGAAAACAAGCGCAUCAGAGGGGCUUUUGAGAACAUUAGAUGUACCGCCCAGGAUGUGCUUUCUGUCUUUGCCAUGUUCAUGGCAAGUCUCCUUUUCGUGAGUGUUGUAACCAUGAAAGUAGUUGACACCAAAGGAAUGCUCAGUUUGGAUAAUGAGCCUUACAUCCCCAAUUUUGGUGAGAUUGCUUGGGAACUCUACGUCCUCACUACCACUUCUAACUCACCGGAUAUAAUUAUUCCAGCUUACGAAAAGCAUGCUGCCUACAUAGCUAUCUACGUAUGGGUGUGUGUAGCAUGCAAUUGGCUUUUCAUGGGUAUUCUAACAGCUUCCGUGUACAACGCCUAUAAGGGUCAUUUGGGCGAGAAUGUACUGAAAAGUCUAGUGAAACGGAAGAACAUCCUCGAUGAGGCAUUCAGAAUACUUCAGUCGAUAGAGACCGAGGAGAUGGUGUCGAGGGAGAUUUUUAUAGCUCUGAUUCAGCGGGUCACUCCAAAUAGAUCCGAGAACUCCAUUGCUCUCAUUUAUGACAUACUCGAUGCUAAAAAUGCUGGCAUCGGUCAGGUUGAGUUUGCUCGACUUACUGAGUACAUGCAACUAAACUUUAGGGAAGUUGUUAUCAGUAGAAAGCACUUUGAGCGCUAUCUGCCACGCUUUUACAACAUCUACAUAUCCAAAUGGUAUCAAAUGAUAGUUAGGAUCAUCCGAAGCAAGCCGACCCACAUCUUUUUCGAUAUUAUGGUCGUUCUGAAUGGAGUCACUUUGGUGGUUGCAGACGGAACACCAUAUGAAGACUACUUUGAAUGGACUUUCACGGCAAUAUUCGCUUUGGAGAUCCUUUUCAAAUAUCUCGCUUCAGGGGGUGUGAAUUUCUUCCAAGAAAAGUGGAACAUUUUCGACAUGAUCAUUGUGAUUGGUGCUUUUGUAGGUCAAUUCAUCAACCUCCUUCUGGAAUGGUCAAACAUUAAAGCACCCUCGUCACUGAGUCAGGCGUUCCUUUUGCUCCGUCUCUUUCGUCUCUUAAAAAUCAUCGGCCAAGUACCCAUAUUCCGAUGCAUUAUUAACUGCAUCAUCAUCAUUCUUCCGUCUCUAUGCGCCUAUGCAACCAUCCUACUUAUACUCUUCUACAUCUUCACUUGUGUUGGAAUGGAGCUGUUCGGUGGACUACUAGUCAUACCAAGUGGUUAUAACUAUACUGUGGAUGAUGCCUGUAAAAACAAUAAACUUGCUGGGAGCUCAUUCUUACAGUUGCACUAUUGUGACCUCCAUUUCAAUGACGCAGCGUCCAGCUUUGUGACAUUGUUCGUCCUCAGUGUGGGUAACAACUGGCACAUUAUCACAGACGGAUUCACACGCAUCACAAAUAAGUCUUACCGACUCUACUUCCUCUGUAUACACUGGAUGUGCGUACUUUUGGUGUUAAACAUUGUUUUAGCCUUCAUUAUCGAGGCUUUUUUGAUUGAAUACGACCCACAAGAAAGUCGUUUCGAAGAGUUCAUUCGGAAACGCAUGCGGGAGCUCGGCGUAGACGCGGAGACCGAAUUGGAGAAGCGUGGAUUAGAGCGCUAUCGAGAGAACGACUUCUAUGUAACACGAGAACAGCUAGAUGCAGCAUUUCCUCCCCACCUUCCUGACAUACCCUUCUCUGCUUUCUUCUUCAUUCCUGAUAGUGCUUCCAUUGAACUGCUGAUGUUCCGCAUGUUUGAGACUGAGAUCGAGGCUAUUGCCACAAAUUACCACGAGAGACGAACGAUUCGUGUAAACGCAGCAAAUUUAUAA